CCCGCCGCGCCGCGCCACGCCCACUGGCGGGGACGCGCCUCCCCCGCCCCUCCUCCGCUUCGCCCUGCGGCCCGCCGCCAUUUGACAGCGGGGCGGGCCGGUCGGGGCUUCACCCCCGGCGCCGGGCGCUGCCGGAGCCGCCGGUCAUGAAAAUGAGUUGCACGAUUGAAAAAGCCUUGGCAGAUGCGAAAGCACUGGUGGAACGACUAAGGGAACAUGACAACGCAGCAGAAGCUCUUAUUGAACAGACUACAGCUCUUAACAAGCGGGUUGAAGCAAUGAAACAGUACCAAGAAGAAAUUCAAGAGCUCAAUGAAGUAGCAAGACAUCGCCCUCGGUCUACAUUAGUGAUGGGUAUCCAACAAGAAAACAGACAGAUUAGGGAGUUGCAACAGGAGAAUAAAGAACUACGCACAUCUCUUGAAGAACAUCAGUCUGCUUUGGAACUCAUAAUGAGCAAGUACAGAGAACAGAUGUUUAGGUUGCUUAUGGCAAGCAAAAAGGAUGAUCCAAGUAUAAUAAUGAAGUUAAAAGAGCAACAUUCCAAGGAGCUGCAAGUGCAUGUGGACCAAAUUACAGAAAUGGCAGCAGUAAUGAGAAAAGCUAUUGAACUUGAUGAAAAGCAUGGCUGUAAAGAGCAGGAACGUAUCAUUCAGCUUGAGCAAGAAAACAAAGGCUUGAGAGAAAUUCUUCAAAUAACUAGAGAAUCAUUUCUGAACCUCAAGAAAGAAGAUGCAUCAGAGAGCACAUCUCUGUCAGGAUUAGUAACAAGCAGUGAUUUGAGCCUGAGGAAAAGCUAAAGACUGUGGAAGUCAACAAGCUUCAAUUGCACACUUUACAAACGGAGUAUCAGGGGUCACUUGUCAAGCACUUGUUACUGAAUAGGGCACCAGCAAGCUAAUGCAUCUUAAACUCCAGUUGAGUGGCUUUUAUAGUGUGUAAAAUACAUUAAAAUUGGUAUUCUACAAAAACCUUAGUGACAGAUUAAUUGCCAUAGAUCUAACUUCAGUAGGAAAUGGAUUAAUGCACUUGCUGAAUUGGGAAUUAUUUUUAUAUGAAGUCAUUUUACAGAUAAAAGACAAGAUUUCAACAUAAUUUAUAGAAGUUAGUGCUCAUACAAAGUUUCAGUGCACCUAUUAUAUAAUAAAGGUAAGAUUUAAAGUCUGAUCUCUAGCUAAAAAGUAGUAGUUUAUGAAUAUGCUUUGUGCAUGAUCCACAUUACAUUUUUUCCUUUUAGUGAGUUUUUAAUAAAUUCUCAUUUUGCAACAAACCUGUUUAAUGGAAAGGGUACAUAGGCAGCAUAAAACUUAAGCGUUUCUGUUAUUUAGCCAUGGGGUAUCCUGUUCAAAUAUAAGACCAAUUGUUUAAACGUAAGCAAUGCUUUUGCAGUUGUUCAAUAUUUAUUUUUUGAAAAUUGAACAAGAUUCUUUAAAAUAGGUAUACUUAAUUGUAUUUUCAAAACAUGAAAAGAACUGCUCCCACUUUAUUGCUUUCUGGAACACAGGUAGCAUAGAAUAAUUCUGCCUUAGCUUUUACUUUUAUGAGAGGAAACCAGGCUCAGUUCUCUAUAGGUAAGAAGCCACAUUUAGUCCCAUCUAUUUCUUCUGCAAUUGCCUACCCAGACUUCCUAACUGGGAAAUGGCACUUUGAAGGCACCCACACAGCAGCAGCACAAAGGUGUCGGGGGAAGGAGGGAGAAGCUCUAUGGCAAAGUUUGCAGCCUGCAUGCCUGCAAUCAAUACUCUUCAUUUUUCUUUCUGAAGUAUUAGUCAUCAGGAAGGUUUUAGAUAAGUUUCAGGUACAUGUUACGUUUGCACUAGGAAAAGUUUCAAUAUGCUAUACUGAGAAACAGACUGCUUGCUUUUAAUCCUGAAAUACUUGCAGAAGUGAAGAGGAAUUGACUUUCCUUGAUCAAAGUGCAGCUUAUAUCAUAUGUGGAUAUGAUAGAAGUGCUACACAAGACAGGCUUGUAGUAAAGAGGUGCUGAAAUAAUUCAUAUUUGGUUUUUGUUUGUCACAUUACCACUUCUUGGUCAAGGCAGCAAGAACAUUCCUAGUAUAGAUGUGUAUCAUCACUUUUUGUCCAGCAUGUGAACGUAUUCUUUACUUGGAAAGCAUACUCAAGAGAAGCAGAGUGAAAGCUUUCAACCACAGAAAAUUGUAGAUCUACAAAUGCCACCCACAGUUGAGUAUUUUGGCUGUUUAAUAACUCACCUAGCAGAAUGAGUUGAAGUCCUCUUCUGAAAUCAACAUUACUUCAAGUUGAUUUUCAGUUACAACAAUGCAAAAAGAAUUAAGCAUCAAGCACUUCUAAGUGUGUCAGUUUUAAAUACAACUUCCUUUGACUCAGUACAGCUUCCCUGGGCUCAAGGUAAAUACACCACAGGUCUAAGGGUGACCUUUCAGUGACCAGUGAACUAAUUUAUAGGGAGCUCAGUGUUUUUGUUCUGUUGCUGCCCCCCGUCCUGUAGUGCUUUUAAGAGAAAAAAGUGAAGUGGUAGGAAAGGAGUGUUUAGCAGAAACAAUAAAUGCUAGUUUUCAAUUAACUAAUACAUAUGCUAGGAAAUGCAGUUGAAAGGACAGAUAAAUCAAACUCUCCAAAUUUUCACAGCAUUUUUUAUAAAUGGAGAAACUGCUACAUCUCUUUCCAGAGCAUCUUAGCUUAUUUCUAGGCUUAAGAAUAAAUUGAGGACAUUCAUGUGUAUGGGGAAAAAAAAAGUUUUAACCAUUUCCAAACUUGCUAAACAUCUGGGGGGAAUUUUGGGGGGAACAUUUUAGCUCAAGCACAAAGUUGUCUGCUAUUAUUAUCUGUAAAACCUUGCCAAUGCUUCUAUAAUUUAGAUUUUGCAUUUCUACAGUAGCUUGCAAGCUGGUGACUUAUCAGAAGCAACACCUUUUUUUAAUUGAGUGUUUUGUUGUUGCAAACUUAGGAGAAAUUUUGGGUUCAGCUGAUUAAGUUAUUCUUUUUAGAGUUGUCUUUUCAGCCAUUGGCUGAUAUCAGAGGCAUUUAUAUCCAUUUAAUGCUGAAUGCAGUUUCAUGGCUGACUUGCUGGUUUGUCUUUCAAAUACAAUCUGAAGGGUUGUUAGUCUGUGGCAGUUCUUUAAGGUUGCUCUAUUAUGAAAUAAUGCUUGAUUAGUGUUUAUUUUUGUAAAUUAAAAAAUGUGACUUAAUUUAUCUACUCCUCGUCUUCACGUUUGAUACGUCUCCCCUGUCAUUCCCCUGACCUGAUCACUUCAGGAUUUUAAAGAACCUUCACAGUGUGUGGAGUGACUAUUUUUCAUUGCAUACCUGUUAUUUUUGUAAUGCAGAUAGCUUGAAAAGAAUUUAUGGCUAGAAUUGUGUACUGUACAGUAAACUUAUUUUAUCAAUAAAGUUGAUUGAAAAUA